AUGGCCGACACGAAAGAACCCACCCCCGAGAACAUGACGAUGAUGCAAGCCUUCGAGUGGUAUGUGCCGGACGACCACAAGCAUUGGAAGCGUCUUGCGGAUAAUGUUGCUCAGUUGAAAGCUAUCGGAGUGGAUAACAUUUGGUUACCACCAGGAUGCAAAGCUUCUUCUCCCUCCGGGAACGGCUACGACGUCUAUGAUCUCUACGAUCUCGGCGAGUUUGACCAGAAAGGAGGGAAGGGCACGAAGUGGGGAACGAAGGAAGAGCUUCUGACGCUCAACGAGAACGCCAAACAGUGCGGAAUGGGGCUUUAUUGGGAUGCUGUCUUGAAUCAUAAAGCAGCAGCAGAUAGGAAGGAGAAAUGCCAAGCGCAAGAGGUUGACCAGGAGGAUCGGAAUAAAACCAUUUCUGACCCAUACGAAAUCGAUGCAUGGCUGGGAUUCGACUUUCCGGGACGGGCUGGCAAAUACUCCAAGCAGAAGUAUCAUUGGUAUCACUUCUCGGGAACGGAUUAUAAUGCAGAUAAUAACAAGACUGCCAUUUACAAGAUCCUUGGCGACAAAACGAAAGGCUGGGCCGAUGGCGAUGAGGUGGACAGCGAGAAAGGGAACUACGACUAUCUUAUGUUUGCAGAUCUCGAUUACGAUCACCAAGAGGUCAAAGACGAUGUGAUCAACUGGGGGCGCUGGAUCAGCAAGGAGCUUACCUUGAAGGGUAUCAGAUUCGAUGCAGUAAAGCACUUCAGCGAAGAGUUCCUCCGGGAUUUCAUUGUUGCCAUGGAUGAAGAGUAUGGCAAGGGUUGGUUUUUUGUUGGGGAGUUUUGGAAAGACAGUUUGGAUGAUAUGACUCGAUAUCUAGAUAGGAUGGGAAAGAAGUUCAGUCUGUUUGAUGCCCCUCUGGUCUACAACUUCAGUCAAUUGAGUAAGACUGAGAACGGAGAUUUGAGGAAUGUCUUUAGCGACACACUAGUCAAGACUAUGCCCGUCAAUGCAGUGACCCUAGUAAUGAAUCACGACACGCAACCAUACCAAGCACUCGAAGCCCCAGUUGAGGGCUUCUUCAAACCACUUGCAUAUGCACUUAUUCUCCUUCGCUUCGACGGUUAUCCUUGUCUGUUUUAUGGAGAUUUAUACGGGAUCAAAGGAGAGCAUCCAUUUCCUCCAGCAUGUGGUGGUGCUCUUCCAGACAUCGCCCUUGCUCGUAAGCUUUACGCAUAUGGAGUUCAACAGGACUACUUCGACUACGCUACCUGUAUUGGGUGGGUCAGAUAUGGUACCUGGGACAGACGAUUUGGGUGCGCCGUGGUGUUGUCUAAUGCAGGCCCUGGGACGAAGAGGAUGCAUGUGGGUGAAAUGCAUGCCGGAGAAGUUUGGACUGAUGUUUUGGGAUGGGAGCAGGGAGAAGUCGUGAUUGGGGACGACGGGUGUGGUGAGUUCCGUUGCUCAGGAACCUCGGUCAGCAUCUGGGUGAACAAGGACGCCGAGGGAAGAGAAAGAUUUGGAAAAUUUAGUAGUGACUCGGACAUAUACAAGUCAUGA